AUGAACGCAAACACAGUUGUACCAUCGCCUGAUUCCACUGAAGCGGAGGAAAAGAAAACCGUUGUUUGCAAUCCAGCACGCAGCGGGGGACGACAAGAUGCUACAUUUCAUGACUUCAUGACUGACAAGGGGCAAAAGCAGAAGUAUUUGCAGUUGAAAAGUGGCGGGAAAGCCAAGAAACAAGACCUCGACACGUUUCUAGAUGCUAUGUUUAAAACUGCAAAAGAGCGCUUUAGUUUUGUGUAUCAAGACGGAAAGAAUGAGGUUGAAGAUGAAAAAAUCAAACAAAAGAUUGAAAAGUGGUAUUACAACCAAAAACCCAAUCUUUCGAGAAUUAUCAGCAAUUUUGCCAAGCAGCUUGACAAGCAUCUUGCUAUUCUCUCAAAGGCGUGUGAUGAGGCAGUGAGUCUUGGACUGGAUUCAACCAAAUUGCAAGAAGUGAACAAAAGGUACGAGCAGUUCAUCUCAGCCGCGAUCCAGCAAAACCAGCUUCCUUCGGAGCAGAAAGACAAAAACGAGAAAGGUAUCGGUACAUUUGAUACAAAAGAUUCUAUCAGAAAAUACAGUGCUGAUGCUAAGCAAGGUACAACUAUACCAAGUGAAGUCGUUGGGAGUCUAGCCCAAAGCAUCGACGGCAUCACAUUGCAGACUCACAACACAACGGAAGCGAUCAAUCGAAAGCUCGACAUCGUACGGGCAACAGACCCUUCUUCCUGGAAAACCAGUGCUUUCACUCCUAUUUUAGGAAAACGAUUGAAAUUUCUCAAAUCUACGCUGAACGAUAGUGGUCAAUAUUACGGAAUGCUCAACGAAGCUGGUCAACCAAAUGGAUUCGGAGUGGCGGCAUAUUUUACUGGUAAUUUCUUCUUCGGACAAUGGAAAAAAGGUAGACGUGUGGCUGGAUAUUAUGUCCACAAGUACGAGUAUGACACAUUAGAUGAUCGAAAACUAAUUCAACGCCCAUACCCAAUUAUUUAUAAAGGAGCCUGGAAUGAGAAAGGCAACACGCUCGACGACUACUGGCUGUAUUUUGGUGGUGAUUGGGUGUCUUCCAACGGAACCAACAACGGAAGUGGAAGUGGAAGGAAGCGUGCAAGGGAGGACCAAGAGCCUGAACUCGAGGAAGUCUUUGAUAGAAAGGUUUAUCCUUUGCCCGACACUUUGCAAUUUUAA